AUGGCCAAGUUGCAGGGAGCAGCUGUCUCCCGCCAGGCGAUUAGUCACAAACGAAAACGCCAGCCUCAAGAGACUGACUCACCGUCGACGGAGGCUGAAUCCAUUACCGGUGCUUCAACCACCACCACCACCACAGUUCCUACCAAAACCCAUGAUGGAGGAGGUAAGGUCCGGAGGACCAAAUCCCCUUCACAACCUGGCCCGCGUCGCCGAAACUCCUCCACAAACCUUGUCGAGUCUGAUAUACCUUGGCCAGAUCACUUCAAAGGCCUUUCUCAGCUGCACCGGGCUUUGAAUCUCGUAUACACAUUUUGUUGUACGAGGAAACACUUUGCUACCACGUGGGAGAACAUAAAAUCGGCGGUGGAAGGCCACAUCAAGAAAGCAUUGGUUGAGGAAGAUGUGGCACAGGUCAAAGCCUUGGUUCCUCGUGCCAUCAAUUUUGCCUAUGUCGACGAUGAACAUUUGAAGGUCACACUCAUGGGAGAAGACGACGGCGUUAGAGAUGGAAGAGCGGAUCACUUUCGAUCGCUAGAAGAAGAUGAAAGCGGUCCCAAAGACACGUCGGGGGACACCAAAGAAGUUCUUCUGUUCGAGUUCAUCGAUGGUGACUUGAAAAGACAAGCCGUUGAUCCGAAAACUUUGCAGCCCACCAAAACUGCACAGAAAUCACGGAAGGAAAGUCUCAAGAUACCAGUCUUUAGUCAGAAGUCCAUGUUGAAGCUGAUCGAAAAGCGGAAUGCCAAGUUCACAUCGGCGAUAAAUGCCUUUCUUAAUCGGUGCGCUGAAGAGCAAAAGGAUCCGGUCCAAGAAAUUUUGGAAUUGAAGCAGCAAUAUAUUCCUUGUCCUUCCUCAAGCCGUCCAACCACUCCUGGCCCGCAGCUGGCGAGCCCACCAAAAUCCAUACCAAAAGAACGCAAAUCCAUUUCGGCCAUUAUCAAAGAGAUCAGCGAAAUGGACUGGUAUAGCCAUCAAAUUGUCCCUGACGGUCAUCGAGUUUUUGAUCCACAACCGCCCAUAUAUGGUGAGCUCCGUUUCCAACUUUCGCAAAAUUUAGUCAAUGCGCUCUACAAUAGUAGAGGCAUCAGCCAACUUUAUUCACAUCAAGCAGAAGCCAUCAACAAUUUACAUGAGGGGCACCACGUCAUCGUGUCGACUUCCACCAGCUCUGGAAAAUCGCUAAUCUACCAGAUUCCGAUGCUACACGAGCUGGAAAGAGAUCCUGAGAGUCGAGGCUUGUAUAUCUUUCCAACAAAAGCUCUUGCACAGGAUCAACGGCGAAGCAUGAAGGAUUUGUUGAAGUACAUCCCAAGCUUUGAGAACACUAUGGUCGAGACUUUCGAUGGCGAUACGCCCAUGAAGGAGAGAAAGUUUAUCCGAGACGAGGGCCGAAUUAUUUUCACGAAUCCGGAUAUGCUUCAUGUCACCAUUCUACCUCAGGAAAGCGGGUGGAGAACUUUCCUUCAAAAUCUCAAAUUUGUGGUGGUGGAUGAGCUGCAUGUGUACAAUGGUCUCUUUGGAGCCCAUGUGGCAUUCAUAAUGCGUCGAUUACGACGAAUAUGUGCUGCGGUGGGAAACCGCAAAGUCAAGUUUAUCUCUUGCUCUGCCACCGUAGCAAAUCCCGAGGAACACAUGAAAACGAUAUUCGGAGUCGACAAGGUCAAGCUGACGGACUUUGAUGGCUCGCCAUCCGGCCGGAAAGAGUUCAUCUGCUGGAAUACACCAUACAAAGAUCCCGGCGAUCCCUCUUCCGGGCGCGGUGACACAUUUGCUGAGACCGCUCGAUUGAUCUGUCAGUUGAUUCUGCGAGGCGUUCGGACCAUCGCCUUUUGCCGUGUGCGCAAGCAGUGCGAAUUAUUGUUGGCCGCGGUCAAGGCCGAGUUCGUAAAUCUCGAAAGGCCAGAAUGCGCGGCCCUGGUGAUGGGAUAUCGUGGUGGGUAUUCAGCACCAGACCGGCGCCAGAUCGAAUCCGAAAUGUUUGGUGGUAAGCUCAUGGGCAUCGUCGCCACCACUGCGCUCGAACUGGGUGUGGAUAUCGGCUCGCUCGAUGCAGUCGUCACUAUGGGAUUUCCCUACACGAUCGCCAAUUUGAGACAGCAAAGCGGUCGUGCCGGACGUCGAAAUAGGGAUUCGCUCUCCGUUCUUGUUGGAGAUUGUUUUGCUGUGGAUCAAUAUUACAUGCAGAACCCCGAUGAAAUCUUCACGAAGCCAAAUUGUGAAUUACAAGUGGACUUGCGGAACGAGCUUGUGGUGGAGGGUCAUAUUCAAUGUGCGGCCUUUGAAAUGCCGAUCCAGCCGGAUGAAGAUAUCAAGUUCUUGGGAAAACUGCUGCCCGAGAUUUGUGCGGAGCGCCUCGCCGGAGAUCCAAUGGGUUUCUAUCACUGCAACGAGAGAUUCCGGCCACUGCCGUCAAAAUGUGUCUGUAUUCGGGACACCGAAGACGACCAUUUCGCCGUCGUCGACAUCACCCAUGGGCGCAAUGUGGUCCUGGAAGAAGUUGAGCAAUCUCGCGCUUUCUUCACUCUCUACGAUGGUGGAAUUUUCUUGCAUCAAGGCCGGACGUACAUCGUGAGAGAAUUCUCUCCAGAGCGAAAAAUAGCCCGCGUCCAGUUGGUCAAGGUGGACUGGACAACGCAGCAACGGGAUUAUACCGACGUCGAUCCGAUCGAGACUGAGCAGGUGCGCCGUGUGUGUUCGAAUUCGCCGACCAAGGCGUACUUUGGCCGCAUUAGAGUUCAUGCGCUUGUCUUUGGCUUCUUCAAAGUCGACCAGAAAGGCCGAAUUCUCGAUGCCGUCGCUGUCGACAACCCGCCCGUCAUAUUCUUCUCGAAAGGACUCUGGCUUGAUGUACCCAUGUUCGCCCUCGAGAUUCUCAAGGAGAAGCGCCUGAAUCUGGCUGCUGCGAUUCACGCCGCAGAACACGCGGUCAUGAGCCUGAUGCCGCAAUUCGUGGUCAGCAUGCCCGGCGACGUGCGGACAGAAUGCAAGAACGCUCUCAAGGAGUUCGCCAAGAGGGAAACCCAGCGUAAGCGACCGGCCCGCCUGACGUUCUACGACGCCAAAGGCGGCGCCGCGGGCUCUGGGAUCGCGGCCAAGGCAUUCGAGUUCAUCGAUGUGCUCCUGGAACGCGCCGUCCAGCGCGUCUCAGCAUGCCAUUGUCUCGAGGGUUGUACGGAAUGCAUCUGCGACGAGCGGUGCAAGGAGAAGAACAUGAUUAUGAGUAAGGCGGGCGCGGAGGUGAUUUUGAAGAGUCUCCUUGGCAUGGAGAUCGAUGUGGACGCGUUGCCGGAGGGAGAGGAAGAAAGAGUACCCGCCGGAGUUGAGACGGUAGUCUUCGCCCCGGAAGUUAUGGGUCGGAACGGCCAGCGGGUAGUUGCGAAAGAUUUUGUCAAGCGUGAGAAGAGUGAUGAUGAUUGUAUCGUCAUCAAAGACGAGCCUGUUGAUUGA